GGGGGGGUCUUCCUGUCGUACCCCAUGAGUCCACAGAUCCUGUGCCAACAAACUCGCUAGUACUCUCUUUAGAUGCACAACAGUCUUAGCUAAAGCGUUACCCCAAUGGUGUUUUUAUAAUGGAAUUUGCCAUAGGGAGGGGGUGGUCUCUUAUCGUACCCGUAUCUCCACGACCCCUGGGCCAACAAACUCAGAAGGGCACUCUUUGCGUGCACAAGAGUCUUAGCUAAAGAAAGCCACGGGUUCGUACGCCACCCCACCGCCAGAUGGUGGGCGUUGCCCCAAGGGGAUUUCCCAUAGACAUUUUUCAGGGUGCUAUAUCUCGGGUUCCGGGGGUCCCCGAGACUUGAAAAUCAGUACCGAGGUCCCUCUGCUCUCCGACUUGUUGGAACACAGCGUUCCAACAUUGAGGACCAAUCGGAACGGAGGAACCGGAGUGUGCUGACUUUGGCGGCCAAUCGGAGCGGGCUGUUCCAACAUCCGGCCAAUCGGAGCGGGCUGUUCCAACAUUCGGCCAAUCAAAUCGCGCGGAGCCUGUUCCAACUUUGGAAGGGCGGCGUUUAAAAAAACAAAAAACAAAAAAAAAGAAGUACUUCUCAGCUGCCUGCAGACAGAGAGGACAGUUUGGAGUCCUUUAUUCAUAUUUAAAUGCUGUUAUUCUAUUUUUUUUAAAACUGUCACCAAGUAUGUCGACCGUAUAAUCUUUUAAUUUAGCUGUGUGUUUUUUUUUCGCCGAAUGACAACGCGAUAUUGCCAAGAUUUACUAUGAUUUCAACUUUGUUUUCGCUGGUCUGUAGACUUUUGUGCGUUUGUUUUUGGUAUUUUAUUCAUAUUUUUCCAUGACAGCUUGUAUUAUUAUUGUUUAUAUUUUAAAAAGUAAAAAACAACAACAACAACAAAACACGAGUAUUCGGCUUUGUGUUUAGCUAUGCGCUAUUACUAUUAUUUCGUCGAGAUCAAACGUUUAUAUUAUUAUUAUUAUUAUUAUUAUUAUUGCAUACACUCAGUGUUAUGAGUGUGUGUAUUUGGCUCGGUGUGUUUAGUUAUGCAUACUAUUAUUGUGUCUAUUAAAAUGUUCAUCUUUCAUUAAUGUAUAGCUUUUGUUGUGCUAGUAUUACAGUGUGUAUUAGGCUAUGUGUAUUGCUGUGUUUAGCUAUCCAGGUAUCCCAAAUGCAACUUACGCUCAUCAAGGCUAUGAUAAUAUUAACUACUGUCAUUCCCUGCCACGCAGUGGUCAAUGUACUGAAUUGUUUGAAUUGUCUUUCCUUCACAGAACGGAUUUAAAUCUAACAAUCAAAGUUAUAAACAAUGGAAGGGUCCCGGGACCUGCUCCUCCAGCCCUCGCCCGAAGCUGCUGCUGUCUCCGCCGCCAUUAAGGCUGUCACUGUGUCCAGUGCCUGGCCAGCAGUCUGGUGAGCCUGCGUGGGUUGGCCUGUCUGACGGAGCAGCAGGUAGAUGAGUUCAUUGAGCAACGGAGACAAGCAGCGCCUCACCUACCCUGCCCAUCACCAGGACAGGCUGAUUCAGAGGCAAUUCAAGACCACCUCCUCUGACACCCCAGGCACGGACAGCCUGAAACGGUGCCUGCUCGGACAGGGCUCGGGACCUGCCCAGUGGCCACAGAUGAGCAGACUAGUCGAGGCCAUCUGCAUCCAGCUCUGCCGCCUUCACCCAUCCUCCACCAAUUCCAAAGGUGUGAGGACUUCCCGGUGGGCGGCUAUCCUCGGCGACUUCUCCAAAGUCCGAGAGCUGGUGCUGGGCAACCCGAGGCUCGUGGAGAAGAGCACCCUCCAGCUGUUCGAGUUGAAUCAGCACACCCUGUCUCAAUGGCACAACAAACGCCAGAAAGGGCAGGAGCAGGCUGUCCUUCAACAGGGGGUGGCACCCCUUAGCGCCAGCGCAGUGGACCCAGAGCCUCAACCGCAGCCUCAACCGCAGCCGCGCCCGCUGCUACAGGAGGGCAUGACAUACCAGCCACAUGUCUUUCCAUGCCCCCCAAACACCGCGGGUCAGGCAAAGCAGCAGAAACGCCCUGGGACCACGGCGCAGACCGCAGUCCUGGACCACUUGGCCACCCCUGCGCCACAUCCCACUUCAUCUCCUUCCACCUCUUCAGCUGCUCCCAGUUUUUACAAUAUCCAGUUUAUUAUUUUAAGGCUUUGUCUCACAACUGCAACUUGCCCAUAUUGACUCACGAGAGACGAAGGCAAGCACUCCCGUCCUCCAAAAAACAUUAUUAUUAUUUUUUUUUAUGGUGGUGCAUUGUUUCUUUUUUCCGUUUUGUGUUCUAAUGUACCCCAGCAAACCUAUAUAGCAUUUCAUUCAGCACAAGUUGGACUUUCCUCUGGUCAAAGCCCCCAUGUGUAAAGCUGAAUGCAAUAUUGAACCACAAGUGUAAUGUAAAUACUAAAAUGUAUAUGUUAUAAUCUGUUUUGUUCCAGUUUGACCUGUUUUGUUUGCUAUGUUGAAAGCUGUAUUGUUGAAUUUCUCUUUCAAUGUAAUUAAAUAUUUCUAGUAUGUUAUUCAUAUAUUUCAUACUACCUGCUCCACUGUUUAAAAAGUAUCAGUAUCUGUGGACAUCACUUUUCUCAUAAAUACGUUGGGUUUACCACGAUGUCCUUGGAUGUUAGGCUGAUGUAAUUAAGACAGCCAGACAGGUGGGGGUAAAACACUGAACACUGAAACAAAUGAUCUUCUUGUUGGUUGCAUGAGAUAUGCCUUUAAUUUCUAUUCAUUCAAUGUAACAAAAUAAUUUCCUGUAAUAAAUAUAUAUGUAAGUAAUAAUUUCUAUUCAUUCAAUGUAACAAAAUAAUUUCCUGUAAUAAAUAUAUACAGACGUGCUCAAAUUUGUUGGUACCCUUACAGCUCAUUGAAAUAAUGCUUCAUUCCUCCUGAAAAGUGAUGAAAUUAAAAGCUAUUUUAUCAUGUAUACUUGCAUGCCUUUGGUAUGUCAUAGAAUAAAGCAAAGAAGCUGUGAAAAUAAAUGAAUUAUUGCUUAUUCUACAAAGAUAUUCUAAAAUGGCCUGGACACAUUUGUUGGUACCCCUUAGAAAAGAUAAUAAAUAAUUGGAUUAUAGUGAUAUUUCAAACUAAUUAGUUUAUUUAAUUAGUAUCACACAUGUCUCUAAUCUUGUAAUCAGUCAUUCAGCCUAUUUAAAUGGAGAAAAGUAGUCACUGUGCUGUUUGGUAUCAUUGUGUGCACCACACUGAACAUGGACCAGAGAAAGCAAAGGAGAGAGUUGUCUGAGGAGAUCAGAAAGAAAAUAAUAGAUAAGCAUGGUAAAGAUAAAGGCUACAAGACCAUCUCCAAGCAGCUUGAUGUUCCUGUGACAACAGUUGCAAAUAUUAUUAAGAAGUUUAAGGUCCAUGGAACUGUAGCCAACCUCCCUGGGCGUGGCCGCAAGAGGAAAAUCGACCCCAGAUUGAACAGAAGGAUAGUGCGAAUGGUAGAAAAAGAACCAAGGAUAACUGCCAAAGAGAUACAAGCUGAACUCCAAGGUGAAGGUACGUCAGUUUCUGAUCGCACCAUCAGUCGCUUUUUGAGCGAAAGUGGGCUCCAUGGAAGAAGACCCAGGAGGACUCCACUUUUGAAAGAAAAACAUAAACAAGCCAGACUGGAAUUUGCUAAAAUGCAUAUUGACAAGCCACAAUCCUUCUGGGAAAAUGUCCUUUGGAGCUUUUUGGCAAGUCACAUCAGCUCUAUGUUCACAGACGAAAAAAUGAAGCUUUCAAAGAAAAGAACACCAUACCUACAGUGAAACAUGGAGGAGGCUCGGUUAUAUUUUGGGGCUGCUUUGCUGCGCCUGGCACAGGGUGCCUUGAAUCUGUGCAGGGCACAAUGAAAUCUCAAGACUAUCAAGGCAUUUUGGAGCGAAACGUACUGCCCAGUGUCAGAAAGCUCUGUCUCAGUCGCAGGUCAUGGGUCCUCCAACAGGAUAAUGACCCAAAACACACAGCUAAAAGCACCCAAGAAUGGAUAAGAACAAAACAUUGGACUAUUCUGAAGUGGCCUUCUAUGAGUCCUGAUCUUGAUCCUAUCAAACAUCAAUGGAAAAAGCUGAAACUUGCAGUCUGGACAAGGCACCCAUCAAACCUGAGACAGCUGGAGAAGUUUGCUCAGGAAGAGUGGGCCAAACUACCUGUUAACAGGUGCAGAAGUCUCAUUGAGAGCUACAGAAAAUGUUUGAUUGCAGUGAUUGCCUCUAAAGGUUGUGCAACAAAAUAUUAGGUUAGCGGUCCCAUCAUUUUUGUCCAUGCCAUUUUCAUUUGUUUUCUUAUUUACAAUAUUAUGUUGAAUAAAAAAUCAAAAGCAAAGUCUGAUUUCUAUUAAAUAUGGAAUAAACAAUGGUGGAUGCCAAUUACUUUUGUCAGUUUCAAGUUAUUUCAGAGAAAAUUGUGCAUUCUAUGUUUUUUGUGGAGUGGUACCAACAAAUUUGAGCACGUCUGUAUGUAUGUAAUAAUUUCUAUUCAUUCAAUGUAACAAAAUAAUUUCCUGUAGUAAAUAUAUAUGUAUGUACUAAUUUGUAUUCAUUCAAUGUAACAGAAUAAUUUAUUGUAAUAUAUAUGUAUGUAAUUUGUAUGCAUUCAAUGUAACAGAAUAAUUUCCUGUAAUACAUAUAUAUAUAUAUAUACAGUACUGUGCAAAAGUUUUAGGCAUGUUAAUAGAUUAUAUUUAUCAAUUUACAAAAUGCAAAGUGAGUGAACAGAAGAAAAAUCUAAAUCAAAUCCAUAUUUGGUAUGACCACCCUUUGCCUUCAAAACAGCAUCAAUUCUUCUAGGUACACUUGCACAAAGUCAGGGAUUUUGUAGGCAUAUAGUCAGGUGUAUGAUUAAACAAUUAUACCAAACAGGUGCUAAUGAUCAUCAAUUCAAUAUGUAGGUUUGUGGCAAUGUGCCCUGCCCUUGUGUGCGUUUCUGUGUUGUAUGUUGUGUGUUGUGUAUUGUAGUUGGUACACAGGAUAUAAAUGGGUGUGUGCAGCACAAGGAUUUAAAUUGUAUAAUUAUAUUUAGGCACGGGAUUGCCUUCACGUGCAUUUAAAGUAUGUAAUAAUAUGUGAGCACGGGGUUGCACGUAAUGAAUCCACGUGCUGGGAUUCAAGUGAAUAAUUAAUUAGUAAUUGAAUCCCAGCACAACAGUAUAUAUAGAGACACGUAGCACUCACUCGGGGUUGGGUGUUCGUGAGUGGAGAAUGAGUGUGGAGAAGGAAGUAAAAAGAAUAAUAAGAAUAAUAAUAAUAAGAAGAAAAGAAGUGUCUCACUCACCGUGUUUCGUUUGUCUGUUUACUGUUUAGUACGUUUUGUUUGUCUAUUUUAUUUUGGCGUAGAGUGCUGUGUCCUGUUUUUGUGUUCUCUUGUUUUGUUUAUUAAAUGCUGAGCACAACCAAGUGCUCAGCUUCACCAACCUCGCUGUCUCUGUCUGUCUGUCUGUCUGUCUGUUUCUUCCGGGUCUGACGGGUCACCACUCAGCCAGCCUUGUGACAAGGUUGAAACACAAUCAUUAACUGAAACAGAAACAGCUGUGUAGGAGGAAUAAAACUGGGUGAGGAACAGCCAAACUCAGCUAACAACAAAAGUCAUACACCAUGGCAAGACUGAGCACAGCAACAAGACACAAGGCAGUUAUACUGCAUCAGCAAGGUCUCUCCCAGGCAGAAAUUUCAAGGCAGACAGGGGUUUCCAGAUGUGCUGUCCAAGCUCUUUUGAAGAAGCACAAAGAAACAGGCAACGUUGAGGACCGUAGACGCAGUGGUUGGCCAAGGAAACUUACUGCAGCAGAUGAAAGACACAUCAUGCUUACUUCCCUUCGCAAUCGGAAGAUGUCCAGCAGUGCCAUCAGCUCAGAAUUGGCAGAAAACAGUGGGACCCUGGUACACCCAUCUACUGUCCGGAGAAGUCUGGUCAGAAGUGGCCUUCAUGGAAGACUUGCGGCCAAAAAGCCAUACCUCCGACGUGGAAACAAGGCCAAGCGACUCAACUAUGCACGAAAACACAGGAACUGGGAUGCAGAAAAAUGGCAGCAGGUGCUCUGAACUGAUGAGUCAAAAUUUGAAAUAUCUGGCUGUAGAUGAAGGCAGUUUGUUCGCCGAAGGGCUGGAGAGCGGUACAUGAAUGAGUGUCUGCAGGCAACAGUGAAGCAUGGUGGAGGUUCCUUGCAAGUUUGGGGCUGCAUUUCUGCAAAUGGAGUUGGGAAUUUGGUCAGAAUUAACCUCAAUGCUGAGAAGUACAGGCAGAUACUUAUCCAUCAUGCAAUACCAUCAGGGAGGCAUCUGAUUGGUCCCAAAUUUAUUCUGCAGCAUGACAACAACCCCAAACAUACAGCGAAAGUCAUUAAGAACUAUCUUCAGCGUAAAGAAGAACAAGGAGUCCUGGAAGUGAUGGUAUGGCCCCCACAGAGCCCUGAUCUCAACAUCAUCGAGUCUGUCUGGGAUUACAUGAAGAGAGAGAAGCAACUGAGGCUGCCUAAAUCCACAGAAGACCUGUGGUUAGUUCUCCAAGAUGUUUGGGCCAACCUACCUGCCGAGUUCCUUCAAAAACUGUGUGCAAGUGUACCUAGAAGAAUUGAUGCUGUUUUGAAGGCAAAGGGU